CAUGUCUGUGUUCCCUGAAACCCUUUCUCUAGUCCUUGAAAAAUCUUUCCAUUCACCAUGACUCCCUUGACCCCACCCUACUCCUAUGACUCCUUCCCUGACCAGGCCUUUUCCAAUUGCUCUCUGCCUGCUCCCUUUCUCUCAUCUUGUCUUUCUGAAUAGUACUGCCACCUCACCCCAAACCAUCUCCUCUUCUCACUACUCACUUUUAGGUCCCUGACUUAUCUGCUUGCUGAUGACCACCCUAUCUUUAUCUUCCAGGACACCAUGGACCCCCGGGGGCCAGCCCCCCGGCCUUUCCAGCGGCCUGAGAAACCUGGUCGUGUUCGACGCAGGAAGACCAGGCGGGAGCGUAACAAGGCCCUGGUGGGCAGCCGCCGGCCAUUGGCCCCUCAGGAUCCUCCCUUGGCCAGUCGGGAUUUACCUGUGGCCCUCCAGGAUCCUGUGGCCCCUAAUGCCCACAGGCUCGUGGUCAUAACCCAGGGCCGGCUGAGCCGGGAGCACCGGGGUCUCUUCAACCAUGAGGUGAAAUCUCUGGACGUGGCACGGCUGCUUAGCAGUGGGUCCCUGGAGCCCGGCACCCCUGCACUCCCCAUUAAGCCCUCCCCAAGCCCAGGCAGGGCCCAAGAACCAGUCCCACAGUCAAGGGGCAAGGAGAACCAGGUGCCUGGAGGCUCGGGCCCAGGCCCACCUAGUCCCCCAGAGCUCCCUGCCUUGGGGCAGCUGCUGGAGGAGCUGCAGUGCCAGCUGAUUCUACCACAGGCCUUCCCCAGGAGGAACCUAGUGCAAGAGACCAGGGAUGCCAUUGUGGGCACCUUACAGGCUUGCCAUGGCUGUGUGCCCGACCUUACCCUGGUGCUCCGGGGCGGCCAGCCACCCUUGCCAGGGACCAAGCCUGGGGGCCCUGAGAGACAAAGAAUGACACCCUCCUGGAUCAACAACCCUGAGCAGGCCCCAGCGGAGGGGAGGCAGAGGAGGCGACAGGGGACAAAGGAGCUCACCUUCGCCAUGCCUCAUACCUCUAGCACUCCCACUAUGCACAGAGUGAGCCUGGCGCCACCAAAAGGUCCCUGGCCACCCUCGUUGCCCUCAUUGCCUUCACCAUCUGCGGCGGCCUGGGGGCCCCCAACAGCCUUUGACCUGCUGAAAAGCAUCUGGCUGGUAGCCACACCGCCCCUUCCCCGGCCCAGGGGGGUUGGCCUACCACAACCCCUGCCUCAGCCACCAUCACCCUUGUUGCCCCGAACCUCUUCCCUGGACUGGAGCCCCAGCUCCCCUGCCCCACUGCCCAGCCUCUCCUGGGUGGUGGCCCAGAGCAGCCCAGAGGCCUGGUCCUUUCCACCCAUGAGACUGUACUGAGGGGUCUGAGGCUGGGCUGGGGGCAGGAAUCCCACACUCCUAAUCACCUC